AUGGCCGACGGACUCACCGACAUCGAUUCUUCCCAGAUCACCACCAACUACGACGAGGUUGUUACCUCUUUCGACGACCUUGGACUCAAGGACGAGCUGCUCCGAGGUAUCUACGGUUACGGUUUUGAGAACCCUUCCUCCAUUCAGCAGCGAGCCAUCCUGCCCGUCAUCAAGGGUAACGAUGUCCUUGCCCAGGCCCAGUCUGGUACUGGUAAGACUGCCACCUUCUCUAUCUCUGCUCUGCAGAACAUUGACGAGAAGAUUAAGAAGCCCCAGGCUCUGAUCAUUGCCCCCACUCGAGAGCUGGCCCACCAGAUCCAGAAGGUUGUCCUUGCCUUUGGCGAGUACAUGAAGAUUGAGUGCCACGCCUGCAUUGGUGGUACCUCCGUCGCCGAGGACAUCCGAGUCAUCCAGGAGGGUGUCCACGUCAUUGUCGGAACCCCCGGUCGAAUCCACGAUAUGAUUGAGCGACGAAUCCUCAAGACCGACCUCAUCAAGAUGUUCAUCCUUGAUGAGGCCGAUGAGAUGCUUUCUCGAGAGUUCAAGGACCCCAUCUACGAUAUCUUCACCACCCUCCCCGAGACCACCCAGACCGUUCUGCUGUCUGCCACCAUGCCCGCUGAGGUCCUCGACAUCACCGGCAAGUUCAUGCGAGACCCCGUCCGAAUUCUUGUCAAGAAGGAUGAGCUGACCCUUGAAGGUAUCAAGCAGUUCUACAUUGAUGUUGAGCAGGAGUCCUACAAGUUUGAGGUUCUGUGCGAUCUCUACGAGACCAUCAACGUUUCUCAGGCCGUCAUUUUCUGCAACACCCGACGAAAGGUCGACUACCUGACCCAGGCUCUGACCGAGGCUGACUUCACCGUCUCCUCCAUGCACGGUGAGACCGAGCAGUCUCAGCGAGAUGUCAUUAUGAAGGCUUUCCGAACCGGUUCUUCUCGAAUCCUCAUCACUACCGAUCUGCUUGCCCGAGGUAUCGAUGUCCAGCAGGUUUCUCUGGUCAUCAACUUCGACCUGCCCUCCAACCGAGAGAACUACAUCCAUCGAAUUGGUCGAGGUGGACGAUUCGGCCGAAAGGGUGUUGCCAUCAACUUCGUCACCUCCGAGGACCACGGUAUGCUCAAGGAGCUCGAGCGAUUCUACUCCACUGAGAUCGUUGAGAUGCCCACCAACAUUGCCGAUCUUAUUUAA